AUGUUUAGGUUUUUACUUAGAGCCUAUGAACCAGCUGAACCAAGAACUUUGGCACAAGACACAUUUUAUCUGUUGCAUGUUACAACUGAAACAGAUUUUAGCCGAUUUGAAGCAGUGAUUGAUGAUGUUAUAAAAGUUCAUCAAUAUGCAGAACAAGAAGUUCCCACUGAGGCUGCUAUUCUUAAUCAAAUGGGUCAUCUGAGCCUUAUGAACCAUCAAAGAUUAUUCAACAUGCGCAAGUGCAGCAAAAGAUGA